GUUCAGCUCACCCCUGAGCAGAGUCGACGGAGCUCAGUGGCCAGCAUUUCUGGGUGGAUGGCGCCUGAAGUGGUGACAGGUCAACCAUGUGGCCCCAAAGUGGACAUAUGGUCUCUUGGAAUCGUGGGCAUCGAAAUGGCAGAAGGAGAAGUUCCUUACUGGAAUGAAACUCCUGUUUCGCCUCAACUCCUGAUAGCCAUACGAGGGACACCAAAGCUGCGGCAGCCCAACCGAUUCUCGUCUUCCCUGCGUAACUUCCUGAGGCACUGCCUGCGGACAGACGCGGCACGGCGCUGGUCUGCCAAGGAGCUCCUGCAGCAUCCAUUUGUAACAUCAGCCAAGCCAGCGUCCACCCUGGUACCACUCAUCAACUCAGUGAAGAAGGAGAAGAAGAAGAAGACAAGAAUCUAACAGUCAAGAUAUUUUUGCCAUAACCAAGUUAGAGUAGGAUUGUAGAGUAGGACUCUAGAGUAGGAUUAUUGAGUUGUUUUGUAGUAUAGGUUUAUAGAGUAGGAUUGGAAUUAAAUAAAGUUUCUGAAGCAUCAA